AUGGAUUCCAAGGCACUCCUCUCCAGCCCAUUGCAGAUGACACCAUUCCUACAUGCCGGAUACAUGGUCUCGGCAGCAUUUGUCUGUCUACUCCUAGUUUCAGCGAUCCGCUAUUGGAAAGACCCUCUACAUCCCAUUCCCGGACCUGCAGUGGCCAAAUUCACACGUGUGUGGCUAUUAAUGCUUGAACUAUCUGGAAAGCGCGCUCUGGCCGUGCACGAGCUUCACCAGAAAUACGGCCCCGUUGUACGGAUAGGUCCCAACGAGAUCAGCUUCUCUUCGCCAGAAGCGCUGCGCCAGAUCUAUGGAGCAAACUCGAAAUUCGCCAAAGCGCCUGUGUACGACUCGAUGGGCUUCAAAAGCACGUUUACUACCCGCAACAGAGACGAAUACCGGGCUAUGAAGAAGCGCAUCUUGCCGAACUUUGGCCCGAGUGCCAUCGCGGCGCUCGAACCAAAUGUUCACAAGCAUGUGGCUGGUAUGAUCAAAGUGUUUGACAAGAAAGCGGAUAAGCCUAUCGACAUCUUCCCCUGGGUCAGAUUGGUGGCCCUUUGUGUUGUGGGCGAGUCUUUCGCAGCCGAGAGCUUCGGCGGCCUGGAGAGAGACGAGCCCCCGGAAGUUCUACAUGAAAUCGACGCAGUCUUUCCAGCGUUAUUCGUGCGCUGGAUGUUCCCCACUAUUGCCGCAUUUCUACAGUACUCACCAGUAAAAUCUGUUCGGGAUUUUCACGGCGCGGCUCAUGCGUUUAGGAAGUAUUGUUCAACUGCAUAUACGGCUUACCUAGCAUCGUCAGACUCAGACACAAGAAACCACGACCAUCUCAUCUCAAGAAUGGUCAAUGAAAGACUCAGGCUCUCCGAGAAGCGCCAGCAGCUUCCCCGUCACGUCACAGACGAUGGCAUCGUGGAUGAGCUCACAAACUUGAUCUUCGCUGGGACUGACACUACUGGCAGCAGCCUCACUUACCUGUUCUGGGAGUUGGCUCACCACCCGGAAUGGCAGGUCCGGCUGCGUGAGGAGCUGAAAGAAGCCGUCCAACAGCAGGAAUCCUACAGCUACAGCGCGAUAUCAGAACUCCCAGUUCUCGAAGGGGUUGUCCAAGAGAUCUUUCGAGUUCGUCCAGCGUCAAUUGGCGCCCUUCCGCGGGUAGUGCCUGCGGGUGGAUCUGUUGUUGAUGGGAUAUUUGUCCCAGCUAGUACAAUCAUCUCCUGCCAAGGCCUCACCACGCAGCGCGAUCCGACCAUCUUUCCCAACCCCGACGUCUUUAACCCACAACGCUGGCUCGACGCCAGUGCCACAGACGCUGCCAACCAGCUCGAGCAAAUGCGCUCUCAGAUGAUGCUCUUUGGCAAAGGCGCGCGGGCCUGCUUGGGCAGAACCUUGGCGACUAUGGAGAUCAAGUGCGCCGUGGCGGCGGUAGUGCAGAGGUUUCAGAUAGGAAUCGGUAGCCCGACGACCGAUCAGGAUAUGGAGAUGACGGACCAUUUCGUGUUGAUUGCAAAAGGGCAGAGAUGUGUGCUGAAACUUGAUAGAGUGUGA